AUGGCUAGCGGCGCGGAAGCGGCAGAAGAGCGACCUCCCGGUAUUCGCGCCAGGAGGGGAAGGAGCCCAGUGGAGGGGUCGUGCCGGUGGCUGCUGCGGCUCAUCGCGGACUGCCUCCGAGACGAGGGGGCGGUGGAGGCGGCGGGGGCGGACGCUGCUGAGGGGUGGGGCUGUACGCCGCUGCGCAUCCUGACCCGCCUGUGGAACCGUCACCAUAUGGAGGUGGAACCGUCGCGGCUGAUGGCCGUGCUCGACACGGGCGUGCUGUCUGGGGUGCUGGAGCGGCGCGACGGCCGCUACAGGGUGGCAGCCAUCGAGAGGCAGGAGUGGGAGCCGGAGCGGCCGCAGCAGGAGGAGUGGCGCCGGGGGCAGCGGGGGCGGCGGGGGCAGCGGAGGCGGCGGGGGUGGCAGCGCGCGCCCUGCUGGCGGUGCGGCCGGAGACACAGGGCCGGAGAGUGCACGGGGGCGGAGCCGGCGGCUGGACAGCGUCCCGAGAGCCCCUGCGCCAUCUGCCUGGAGGCGGCGGGGGCGGCCGGGGGCGGCCGCCGUGCAGUGCUGAGGUGCGGCCACGCCUUCCACCACAAGUGCGUGGGCCGCUGGUUCCGCGUGCAGCCCACGUGUCCUCUGUGCAGGCGCUACGCCGCUCUCUGGUAG